GUCGACGCCGUCCCGCGUCUCCAGGAGAACGGCUUCGGGAGCGGCGGCGCUCACCUCUCGGUCGCUCCAGGGGUUGUGGGCGAAGCGGGCGGCCCCAGGGAGGAGGCGCACAACGGGUCGUCGCCGUGCUCCGCUCAAGAAGCCGUGAGCGAGGAAGGCAGUGACCAGGCCUAUGGAGCUUCCGGCAAGGACGCCAAGAUGGGGGAGCGGCGCUCCGGCCUUCCCAAGCCGACCGCCAUCCCCAAGCCCAUCCCGGCCACCGCCGCUGCCGCCACCACCACCGGCACGAAGAGCGGCGCGCCCCGCCCGCCCCACAAGCAUCACCUCGCCGCCGCAGGGAGCAGCGUCGGCGCGGGGCGGCGGCGGCGCCAGCUCCUCGCAGCCGUCAUCAGCAGCAUCGUCGGCAGCGGGGGGCGGGGGAGGUGGGGGCGGGGGAGGAGGUGGGGGCGGGGGAGGGAAGAGUUCGUCGUCGUCGUCGAAGCCGUCGCGACCCCGCAAGAAGAGCGGCACCACGACCCCCACGACCCCGGGCACCCCCGGGAGCCUCAACCACUGGAGCGGGAUCCUCACCCCGCUGAGCCGCCCCCACUCCACGCCCACGCCCGUGCGGGACAAGGUGGCGAUCAUUCGAUCUGCGCCCCGCGCCGCUCGACCCCGGGAGGUCACGACCCCUCCUGCCCAGCUCGACCUCUCACACGUGCGCUCUAAGAUAUCCUCCCACCACGGCAACGCCAAACACCAGCCUGCGGAGGGGCAGACGCAGGUCUUCAGCGAGAAGCAGGACUACAGCCACGUGAACUCCAAGUGCAACUCCAUGGCCAACCUGAGGCACUCCCCCGGCGGAGGGAACGUCCAGAUCACCACGAAGAAGAUCGACUUGUCCAACGUGAGCUCCAAGUGCGGCUCCUUCAACAACGUGCGCCACAAGCCUGGCGGAGGGAACGUGCAGAUCCAGAGCCACAAGCUCGAGUUCAAGGAUAAGGCCAAGUCCAAGGUGGGGUCCUUCGACAACACGACCCACACGCGCGGAGGCAACAUCAAGAUCGAGAGCCACAAGCUGAACUUCCGCGAGUCGGCGCGCUCGCGCACGGACCACGGCGCCGACAUUGUGUCGGCGGGUCACACCCCGCGCCGCCUCAGCAACGUGAGCUCCGCGGGCAGCGCCAACCUUCUGGAGUCGCCGCGCCUCUCCACACUCGCCUCCGACGUGUCGGCCGCCCUCGCCCAGCAGGCGCUGUGACAGCCCCCCCCCCCACCCACCCUCACCGCCCCCCCACCACCAAGCCUGCCCUACUCCCCCUCGAGCGAUGGCUCCCUUCUUGUUUCUACCCCGCUCACUCUCUCCUCUCUCUCCUCUCUCGCUUCCCCCGUCUCUCGCCGAUUGACCUUCGUUUGCCUCUCUUCUCACUCGGACCCAUCCUCCCACUCUCCACUUUGUCUCUCUCCUCCCUACUAUCGUCCCCCCCCCCCACCACCUCCGCUCUCUCCUCUCGCCUGUCUUGAUCCCCUCCCUCCAUCCCUGAGUGAGUCCGAGCUGAGCUCCGGGCGGCUGGGCGGUUGUGUGGUCUUUGUCCCGAGCAGUCGGACAGAAUCCCCAGCGGGAUCUCCAUGAAUCUCCACGCCUCAUAUAGCUCUCCGUAGGUCACGUGGGAGAGCGCUCCGCCUCCCCGUCACCGUCUCCCCGUCACCGUCACCGCCUCCCUGUCACCUUCACCGUCUCUGUCACCGUCUCUGUCACCAUCUCCCUGUCAACGUCUCCCUGUCACCGGGGGAGUCGUUUAGAUUCACUCGGAGGCGGUGAUGAAUCGGAAAUUCCGCCACCGGUUAAGGUGUUGGUUAAGGGAACCGGAUAAGGGAACUUCUUGUUUAAGGGACCAGUUAAGGGACCAGUUAAGGGAACGGUUAAGGGACUGGUCAAGGGUCCAGUUAAGGGUCCAGUUAAGGAGCCGUUUAAGGGACCAGUUCAGGCGACUGGUUAGUUUGUAGUGAUGAUGAUGUUGUUGUUGUGGGGCUGUAGCGGCGCGCUGGAGACGAUCGCGAGUUGGGAAGUGCGAAUUUGAGAACGCACAUUGACCCAUCGCUCCCUUCAACGGUGGAAAUUCCACAUUCCCAUGGCGGUGGGAGCGGUGGGGGCAGUCUUUCCGUACGUCAAUAACGACGGCUAUAGCGACAACCCACCCUCGUGGACCCGGUCGCACAGUUUGUAUCCUGGCUCGUGACCCACGGGCAAAGUUUACCUGCUCCGUCGUGCUCGCCCGUGCCUCUCCGCUGCUGGACGGAUUCCUCGUCCAUCCAGAAGUUGACGACGACGAUGCCCAGUGCCGGAUUAAGCUAGUGCGGGGCCUGUAGCAUACGAUGUUAUUAAAGGGGCCCUAAAUAAAAUACAACACGUAAAUAUGAAAACACUAACUUUUUUUUUACUUUGCAUAAUAAAGUAAUUGUAUUUUUUCAUUUGCUAUACAGCCAGAUAAUACGUGAAAUCGCUAACCUUUAACACCCGGUCGUUCGCAAAAGUUGAAGGCGGUAUAGUACUAUAGUAAUAGAGCAAGUGCACAAACACGGAACCGGAAUUGAUAGCUUGAAAGCAUUUAGCGCGGGGCCCUUGACAGUGCGGGGCCCGUAGCAUGUGUAGCUACUACUACAUGUGUAGCUACUACUAUAUAUGUAGCUGCUACUACAUGUGUAGCUACUACUAUAUAUGUAGCUACUACUACAUAUGUAGCAGCUACUACAUAUGUAGCUACUUGUGCCACUAGGAUAAUCCGGCACUGACGAUGCUGAUGUCGUCGUUGUACGUGCCGAGCGGACGCCCCGGGUGGGAUUUGUACUCGUCAGCCUCUCGCGUUGGCCGCGGCGCCGCCCCUCCUGCUGCCCGACGAGGAGCGCGUGCCGACGUGCGUGUCGGCACGCGCCCCUCGAUGCCCGCGAGCGCCAGCGGGAACGGUCCGCUGGCGUCGCCAUCGCGCCUCUCGGUCUCCGAUCGCGCGCCCAGGGGUUUAUUUAUUCGCCGUGAGGUCGUUUGCCGUGCGGGCCGUCGACUCCUGUGGUGGGGGGGCGGGGGGGGGGCGGAGGUGAACCGGGACUUGGUCGCGGUCGGGACUCGGCGAAUACUCGGCGAGGACUCGGCGAGUCCUUGGGGGAGACUUUCGCCGUCCCCACACGCCGGGGGGGGGGGCACCCCCCCCACAGUACGCCGGAUGAAGGCUUCGUGGUCGUUUGACCAUACUUCACCGCGCUGGUCAGUGCAGGUCAGUGAAGGUUACGGGGGGGGGGGGGGGAUCAGGUUCAGACGUCGUUGGAACUUUGACUGCCGGGUUUGUAGCGCGGUGCGUUAAUCGCGGCACCACCGCUCCACCCCCGGCACUGCUGUAGGUACGGUUGGCCUCGCGCUAACGUUAGUUGGACGACGCUUUCACGUUUGUAACCGCUCGCUAGUACGAUUUAAAAUAAUAUUUAAUUUUGAAUAAUAACGAGAAUAGUCGACUAUCCCUUGGCAAUUCCACUGCUGGAUGAAGGCCUUUCCCAUGCUCUUUUCAACCACGGGGGGGGUGGGGGUUGUUUGACCAUACUUCACCAGGCUGGUCAGUGUGGGUCGAUGGUGCGGCGCGCCCAUGACCCCACGUGUUUCGGGAAUUGUUGGAACUCAUCGCCGCCAGGUUCAUAGCGCAGUGCGCUAACCGCUAGGCCCACCGCUCCUCCCCCCCCCCCCCCCCCCCCCCCCCCCCCCGCUUUAAGACGUGUUACCGAUAGCGUUUUUAGCAAAAAUUUGACAAAUUUUAUUUGGCGAUGAACCGGCUGCUGCGGCUGCUGCGUUGGCAGUGGCGCACAAGCACAAUUAGCAGAAGGAAAGCACUCGACACGACUCCGUCUCAGUGACCACACGUGUGUGCGUGUGUGCGUGUGUGUGUGUGCGUUGGCUUCAACGAAAAAAAACAUAAAUUAUAAUAUAACAGGCGACCUUCGGGGCAAUGGUCCCUUCUUAACGGAACGGUGCCCGAUUCGCAAACGUGAAGGAGGAGAAGGGAGGGAGGGUGCCAUCAUCAGCGCAGAGGCGAUGACCCGCCACUCAGCGACUCCCGGACGCAAUCAUCCGCCUCAUCAACCACCUCGCUGUAGAAUGACCGCUGUUGCUCUACGCCAGCGGUCCUCCAUUGCAAGGCCCCCGCGGGCCACUGGCGGCCCCUGGCGUGCAGCCCCCUGACAAUACACAAAGAUUUACACCCCCUCCCCAUCAUCAUCGUGCUGCUGUCAAACUCCCCAAUGGUUUCAAAUGUGUGGCGGCCCUCCUCACACUGAUGAUGUCGUAUCGGCGGCAAAAGUGCCCCCUAACAACGCCAGUCGCCAUACGUCGGCAAACGAGACAGCACACAAACGACGCUUCGUCGUAGAAAGGUCAUUGCCUGAAAUGUCGCCUGUUACAGAUAUUUUUUUUUGCCUUUCAGGGCCACGCACGCACGGAUGUACGCGCGUGGCAUCGUCGCUGACGCGGAACGCGUUCAGAGUUCCGUGUUCGCUAACCGAGGUCAGACCGCCCACCGAGGCUCGGCGUGACGGGCCCGUCUCCGGACCAGUCCUCCCGUGAACUUUUAGUCUCCGUCGUCUGUGUGUGCGUGUGUGCGCGUGCGGGCGUGUGUGUGCGUGCGUGUGUGUGCGUGUGCGCACGCGCGUUGUAUAAAAUAUUUUAUACGGUACUUGUAUUUAACGGGAAAAAUAGAGCCUCUCUGGGUAGCUUUACGUAACCAAUUUGUAUAAUUUCUAGGUCGUUUGUUGUUGUUGUGGAGGUUGUUUUUGUUGUCCCAUGGUGGCUUUGUUUGGGCAGUCUUCCGAAAGUCCGGCGGGCGAGGGGGGGAACGGGCGCGGAGAUGGAGGGGGUCCAGGGUUCGGGCUGAAUGGAUGGAAUCUGACCCAAAUAAUCCCGCCCGUACAUACGUGUGUAUGUUGAACUUCUUUCGCACCAUACGUAGCCAGCCGAGCUUCCCGGAGGUGCGGGACUACGAACUCCAUCCCAUGUCGGUCCUUCCACGUAAAAAAAAAAAAAUUCCACACAUCCCAUCAGCCACACACGACGACAGGGGGCAGCAUUCUGUUCGGACCUCUUGGCCCCCCGCUCCGAUAGCCCCCCCCCCCCCAUCGUAGCGAUGAACGACGAGACGUUGACCGUCAAGCGGCGUCGCUACCGCGCGCCCCUCUUCACAGUAAACCGGUCACAUUGACAGCCCCCCCCGAGGGCGGUUUACUCCCCAUCAACUUGGCAGACGCAAGCGGCGCUAAAGGACAGAGAACUAUUUGCAAAUAUGAGAACACGUUAUUCAUAGCGACAGCCCCCCCCCCCUCGUCCUCCGUGCCAGCGAGUUAGCCGCGUCCGAGGACAGACGCCACGCACGUCACGGGGAUUCGCGCGGAUGUUCCGCACUUGCUGGAUCAUUUGCACUUGUUACUACAAUCCAUCGCUGUUCACAGAUCGCUCGCGAACUUAGGCGUCCUGGGAUGUUUUUUUUUAGCCCUCCAUUAGACGAGGCUUGAAAUUUUGCUGCCCUAACCUGGAUUUGGGUAUUUUUUGGUGUGUGUCCUUGGUGUCGUUUUUUUUUACGAAUGUUGGCGUCAACACUGGGACCGUGACGCCGGCAACGCGCGGGCCAAUCCGUCGUUCCGAGGGCCCCCCCCCCCCCCCCCCCCCCCGGUGGCAGCGGUCCCUGUGUGACACGAGGCGACUCGGCACGUGGUUCGCAUUGGCGGUUGGGCACAGCUGCUGCACGCUCGUUGACCUCCCCGCUAAUGUGGCCGCUCACCCAGCAGACACGGGACGUUGGGGGUUACAACGUUCUGCCAACGUUGGACGCCAACGUUGGGCAAACGUUGGUCCAUCAGCUCCGACUACACGCCGACGUUGGCAUGUUUAACCGGGUAAGCCAUAUUGUCCACCCAGGAGAGGUGAUCACGACGAUGGCGAUGAUGGGCCGUGCCUAACCACGGGACCUGAGUUUGAACACCCCACGUCCACCCGUCACUGUCGGAUGGCAGCAGCAGCAGCAGCAGCAGCAGCACCAACGGGUGAACUCUCGCGCGUGUGCGCACACGCGCGCACAAUUAAUUUCUCAACCUUGCGCGAGUGGCGGCACGGCUGGUGGUCGCAAGUAGCCCUAGAGUUAGUGGAUUUAUCAUCAUUAUUAUUAAUAAUAAUUAUUAUUACUGUCGCGCGUUCGCAUGUGUAAUCUGUCGCGACGCGGGCGUGGGGGGGGG